CAGAUUCAGCAGUCAUAACCAAGAGAGAUGACAGAGGGAAAUACUGAGACUGCCCUCCAAACUACAACAACAGACUACGGUGAUUACUACAACUUCAAUUCCCAAGAUACUGCCUUACCAUGCAACAAUGGCAACACAAAGGCCUUCAGCGAGGUUUUCCUUCCCACCCUGUAUAGCAUCGUUUUCAUUCUCGGUUUCAUCGGAAAUGGUCUGGUAGUGUGGGUCCUGAUCAGAUACCGUCAAAAAUCCAACAUGACAGAUGUGUGCCUCUUCAACCUAGCCCUAUCUGACCUACUCUUUCUUGUGUCACUCCCUUUUUGGGCUCACAGUACCAUGAACGAGUGGAUUUUUGGCAAAUUCAUGUGUCAUACCAUAACAGGUCUCUUCAUGUUGGGUCUGUACGGAGGCAUCUUCUUCAUGGUCCUUAUGACACUGGAUCGCUAUGUUGUCAUCGUCCAUGCCCAUAGUAUCUUUUCCAGAAAUCGGACUGUAAAAAUGGGUGUGGUUCUGGCCUCAUUUGUAUGGAUUCUCAGUCUGUUUGCAUCCCUCCCUAAUAUUAUUUUUGCUAAAGAGGAUACGGAAGGCAACAAAAUGUCAUGCGGAACUCAUUUUCCUAAUGGGACAGCCUGGAUGUCAUUUACUUAUCUUAAUAUGAACUUUCUGAGCUUGAUUUUCCCUCUGAUUAUUAUGGGCUUUUGCUAUUCCCGGAUCAUCCCUAUUCUAAUCAGCAUCAAAUCACAAAAAAGGCACAAAGUCAUUAGACUCAUCCUGGCUGUGGUGGCAGUUUAUUUCCUCUUCUGGACUCCAUACAACAUUGUCAUGUUUCUUACGUUCCUGCAGAAGCAAGGUUUCAUGCUUACUUGUGAGAUGCAUACUAGUUUAAGCCUUGCCAUGCAGUGGGUGGAAACAAUCGCCUUAAGCCACUGUUGCCUUAACCCUAUCAUCUAUGCCUUUGCUGGACAGAAGUUCAGGAGAGCAGUUCUUAAAGUCCUAAAAGAUCAGUUUCCAUUGUGCUUCAGCCAGUGCACCACUUUGUCUCGACAGUUAUCUGAACGCAGAAGUUCAGUCUUCAGCAAAUCUACUGAAUAUUCCUCCACGCAGAUUGCAUAGAGAGAACAUAUUCCCUCAGUUCUUUUCAUUCUGAGUAGCUUACUUAUAUAUAUAUAUAUAUAUAGAUAGAUAGAUAGAUAGAUAGAUAGAUAGAUAGAUAGAUAUAGAUAUGUAGAUAUAUUUUUUUAUUAUUUUUUUACUAUCCCUAAGUUCGCCCUUUUUAAUGAAUGUAUAUUGCGUUCUUAAAAGUUGUCUUUGUUCUGUUUCUUUUUUCUUUUCUUUUUUUUACAAUUUUGUUAACAAUGAUAUAUGUUAAGUAGGAGAAUGCAGAAGUUUAAGCUGUUUCAAAUGUGCUCCUCUUUGUGCAUGUAUAUUGCUCAUAUAUAUUAUAUAUAUUAGAAUGAUACAGAUCAUUUAGAAAUGAAUGAUUUCAUCAGGAAUUUUAAAUAAACUCACUUUUAGUUUUGCAUCACUGUUAGUCAAUAAUAAGUUUUUGCAUUUGGGUUAAAAAUGUUUUCAGCUGUGACUUUUUGACAUCUUUCUUAAAUAAAUGCAUAUAGCCUAUAUUUUGAAUGUUGCUUUUAAGAUUUUUAAUAAAAUAUUUG